AUGGCAUACAAACGACCGCGCCCGACCUCCCCUCCAGACGCACACAAGCGUGCUCGCCCAGGCUUGACCCAUGUCUCUCUCGGCACCGAGCUGCCGGACGACAAAGACGACGGGGACUUCGUGCCUGUGUGGAAGCAGACCGUGACGGACGACCGAGGCCGCAGGAGGCUGCACGGCGCAUUCACCGGAGGCUUCAGUGCAGGAUACUUCAACUCAGUUGGAUCCAAGGAAGGAUGGACGCCCAAGACAUUUGUGUCCUCGCGCUCGAGCCGCAACAAAGACCAAGCCCCAGCACCAGCCCAGCGCGCAGAAGACUUCAUGGACGACGAGGACCUGGCUGCUGCUGCAGAAACACGCCACCUGGAGACAGCCCAGAACUUUGCUGGCAUAGCUGGUGCUGAGGUCCCUGGCAACCACAGCUUCUUCGGCCUCUUUGCCAGUCAGGAAGAGACCAUGGGGGUGAAAUUGGCCCAAAAGAUGGGCUGGAGGCGCGACCAGGGCAUUGGCCGGAAAAUCAGUCGCACAGCUUGCCUGGAAGAGGGUACAGCUGCUGCCGAAGAUACGACCAGCUAUACGUUCGCCCCGGAGGAUACGCGAGCUAUGCCGAUCCCGCGAGAGGAAGUGCGUCGAAAAGGCUUGGGCUAUCAGUCAGAAGCUCGCUUAGCCGUGGUAGAGGAGAAGAAGGCAGACCAAGGCCCAUCGCUGGACUUUCACUUCACCAAAAGCUCAAGAAAGCCACCCGCCGUCAAUAAGCCUGCAACCAACAAGUCUUCGUUUGGCGUCGGUGUGCUGAACGACACUGGUUCUGACGACGACGAUCCCUACGAGCUUGGCCCAAAGAUCACCUUCAACAAGACCAUUGGCAAGGACAAAAAGGCGAAGAAACCCAGCAAGUUUGCAAAAGCGGGAGCCAGUGCAGGGCCAGUGUUCGUCUCGAAGAAGGCGUCGAUGAAGGCGCUGACCUUGCUCAAUCGAGCAUCCAUGGACGGAAGGCCUCCCUUGGCAGGCUUUGUCCUCGCUGCUGAUAUCGCCGAACUUACCAGCAGGCCAAAGUACCCGCCGCCCAAGAUUCCUGAUGGCUGGAAGUCCACAAAAACCACCUCGCCCAACGCAAACACGCAACAAUACCAGUCGGUCACGGAUGCCGCCAAAGCCUCUACAUUGGACGCCAAAGCUCGAUCUGCGCUCCUCGGAGAAAAACAGCUGCCUGGCAAGUCCAUCUUUGACUUCAUUCCCAAAGACGCGCGAGAUCGCCUUGCAGGGCUCUCUGGCAAGGCUGAUCUCCCCCAAGGCCGUGGAGAGUCGGGGCCAGAGGGCCACGUGCCGGCAGCCAGGGUGCAGCCAAAGGAUCUCUGGAGCCUUGUGCCAGCCUUGGAUAAGAGCACUGCUGCUGCUGCGCUGGCCAAAGGCGCCACGGGAUGGAUGCCGUAUGCAGAAGAUCUGCAGAAGCGUGCGAGAUAUGUUGGUUUUCUUGAGCUGCGUGCAGGGUUAAAAGACGACCUGCCAGAGCGACGCGGUAGUGUUUCAACGUCUGACUGGGUCAAGGAGCUGCAAGAGUUUGCGCACGCCGCUCAGGUCUUUAAACCAACCACUGGUAUCAUGGCAUCUCGGUUUACUUCGUCCUCUUCGUCAACAAUGGGCGGCAGUACGAGUGCCAGUACGGACGAGACGCUCGUGCGGCAGCCAGCAAAGAAACCCGAGGACCCUGCAGAACAGGCUGCGAAAAUGGGCAUGUACGGCGCCAUGACCAGAACCAGCUUUCCCUUCCACCCGUCUCGGCUGCUGUGCAAGCGCUUCAACGUCAAGCCGCCGCCUGAUAUACCCCACGGCGCCGAUGCUGGAGGCGACGACGGGUUCAAAGCAAAGACGGAAGAAGUAGUGUCAAAAUCGGCCAUGGACAAGAUGCUACACGAGGUUCUGACCAACGGUCCGGCGCUGCAGCGCCCUGCUUGGAUGGGCCCAGCAGCUCACGACGCUGCGCCUGCCCCCGUCUCGCAAGCUACCGAGCAUGCAACGGUGGAUGUGGAGCAGAACGAGGCGCUGGCCAAGGAGCGUGCCUCGGAGGAUGUAUUCAAAGCUAUAUUCGGGGACGAUGAUGAGGUGGACGAGUAG